CCCCCAGCUGCUCCUCUUUAAAGCCUCACUUAAUCAACGCUCAUUGCUGUGAGCUUUGCAACCCGCCGGGUCCACUUACACGGACCGUGGGCUCAAGUCCCCGUGGUCCACGUUCUCACGGAUUGCAUGUGUGCACUAAAUGGAUGACAGGACGACAGCCGAUGUCCAAUAACCCUGAGCGUGAUCACCUUUGCAUCAAAGCUCAGGUGCGUGUGCUCGGCAUGGACGCACCGUCAUGCCGUAUAGUGUUCAUUAAAAGUGUCCACGUUGCAUCGAAUCAGGUUUCACUCGUCGAUAGGGCAGCACGUUUUUGUCGAUUCAGACGCCGCGUGGCCUUGUGCAAGGCAGCAUGCUGGCUCUGCAGAACCACGUUUUCACCCACGGGCAGGAAGCGGACAGGAGGAAACAACUAGAAUGGAUGUCCUAGAUUGAUAUCUUUUGGCGGCUGUUUUACUACCAGGGUACCAAGGUGUCUCUGGUUGCUAGCGUGGCAACGGGUUCCUUGGGACGGGACGCCGGGGGCGCUCUGUGACGUGUUGGGAAUCCCCCCGAGUGUCCCAGCAGCUCCCUGCAGGAUGCAACCAGGGAGAUUGAACCGUGCUCCUAAUUAUAACCUGUACUAGUACAAUUUAUGCUAAUGAAAAACAAUAGCGUCAUAUCUGUAUUUCGCACUUGCAAUGCGAGCGGGCCAAAUGUUUGCUUGUGUAAACGUCCCGGACAAACGUCUCACAGGAAGUGUCAAGUGCUUUUGCACCUUCCUGCUAAAUAAGGCAGCGGCCGCGGUCCAAAAUGUUAAGCGUCGGAGAUACAGGAUCCCUCCGUCCGUGUAUCUGUUCCAUGCCGUGAUUGCUCAACGCCGAUGAAUGUCAAACACGCUCUGCCACCCGGCCCAUGCCGGAGGUCUCCCGUGUCAGUCAAAUCCACCCCCACCCCACCCCGACCGGGAGCCAGCACAAAGAUCCAUAUGCUUUCAAAAUAAAAGCAGAAAGCGCCACAACGAGAAAGCUAAUAAAUAAAAUUAGCCAGACAAUGUAUCACAAAACAUCACAGCAUUGUUGCGAUGUUAUUCCGUAACAUCACAACAUUCCGAAUUAUUAUUCCGUAUGGAAUGUCGCAUUGUGGUGUUAAACCGCAUUUCAUAAGUUUCACAUUAAGAGGUUGGCAGAUUUGGAAGUGAGUCCCGACGGACGUUUGGGAUUGGCUCUCGGAGAGUUUUCCUAACUGUGACAUCACAGCGAGCCCGACUUCCUUGUAUGGGCGUGCCCGGGUACAAGCUGAGUGGGCGGGCCGUGGGUGGGAACAGUUAAACCAGACUUGGUUUGGAAAUAAAGCUGGAAUAGGUCAUCUUGUGGAAUACGGGAGUCCACAACUCCCGUUGGUUCCCUUGAAGUACUUCUAAUGCGAAUGUGACUCACUGCUGCCCCCUGUGGAACAAAGUGGCACAGCUUGGUGACGAGACGGUUCAGUUCUCCUGAAUCUUGUUCCGCAUAUACAAGGAGGUGUUUUAUUUUGAAAGGCACAACCGGAAACUCUUGCUAUGACAUCGUGUGUCUUGGCUGGCGAGAGUGUGAAGGUGCAUCACCCCCCAUCUUCCCCAUCAGAACUGUCUCUCCCGGACUCCUGGACCCCAUCUGCUUCUCUCCUCCACCUCCUCCCUUCUCCCACUCGUGACUCAGUUUUUUUUUCUUCCGUGGGGGUGCAGUGAAAGGGGGGGGGGUGCUGCAGUCACAGUGAUGUCAUUUAGAGGGAUGACAGCGUCAGCAGGGCCAAGGUGAGCUGCCUCUGCGGUGUCCCUCCACCCCGGCCGGCCCCGGCAAACGAGGCGGCGAAAGAUGCUCGUCGCCGCCGGCACCACUUCAAGCUCGGACGCGCUCCCUCCCUCCCGGAUCCCGGGCCAUGGGGCCUUGAGUUGCCUUCACCCCCCCCAAUGUCACAGGGCGAGAAGUAGGACGAGGUGCGUUCUUCUUAGGGCAGGUGACGGCGUGCCCCCCCGAGUUGGACUGCGCAAAGGCGCCUCUGCGGCAUGACGAGCCCGGCCAGGACGCUGCCGGCGGCGGCUCUGCUGCUCUGGGCAUGUCUCUGGGGGGUGGCCGCCCCGAGCGGGACUAAUGGCACCGACUCGGAGCGGCGCUGGGAGACCUUGUUCUCCCGCUCGUACCUGGGUCUACCUGGGGGGCGGCUGGAGCUGAGCUGGCAGAGCGACUACCUGCAGGGCAUCAAGCGGGUGCGCCGCCUCUACUGCAACGUGGGCAUCGGCUUCCACCUGCAGGUGCUGCCGGACGGGAGCAUCGGCGGCGCGCACCUGGAAGACCCGUACAGUCUCAUCCAGAUCUCCAGCGUGGACCGAGGAGUGGUCAGCUUGUUGGGGGUCAAGACGGAGUUCUUUGUGGCCAUGAGCCGCAAGGGGAGGCUCUAUGGGACGAGGCUUUUUGGCGCCGAGUGCAAGUUCAAGGAGACACUGCUGGCCAACAACUACAACGCCUACGAGUCUUUUGUUUACAAGGGCUUCUACGUGGCCCUCAGCAGGCACGGGCGGGCGCGGCGAGGCGACAAGGCCACCACCGCCUCCACCGGCACGCACUUCCUCCCUCGGCUGUGACGCCACCAUUUGCACACGUGGACUCUUUUUUUUUUCUUUUCCUCCAGGUAACAACGCCGCGUAUAAGACGCCAAUGUGACAAGGAUGGGAGGGGCGCGCAUCCUUCCUUUAUGCUAUCUUUGUACUUGUAUGCUACAC